UUGCAUUUUCCAAUAUCGCACAUCUGUCUGCUGAUUUCUCAAACGCCGUGCAGCCUUGCGUCCCAAGAAUUUUAAGCUUUUUUCCCCAAUCCCAAGUUCUUUUCUACCAUAUUCGUUCGAGGCAAACGUAUCUACUGGAUUAUAAUCGUCAGAAAGUUUAAACAAGCUUGUUACCUUCCUGUUUUGAAAUUGGGAUAGUAGGAAAUGUUGCGACCGAAAGUUCUAUCUCAGAUUCUUAAUCAGUCGAACACAGGAGGAGUGCAAAGCACCUUAUUACUGAACAAGGAGGGUGUCCUGUUAGCGUAUUCGGGAUAUGGCGACAAGGACGCGCGAGUAACAGGAGCGAUCGCUAACAAUAUUUGGUCUGUCUAUGAAAAGAGUGCCAGGGCUGCUUUCCAUGAUGACAAGCUGCAGUUUUUGGUUUUCGAUUGCAUGGAUGGAAAAGUCGGCCUGGGGCGGGUCGCCAAUUUGAUCUUGUGCAUGUACGCCAAACAGGACGUCGGACUGGGAAUGUUGAUGGCCAAGAUGAGGGCCAUGGCCAAGUAUUUGGAAAGCCCCUUGACAAUAAUCGCAUCGUCGUCGUAGAGAUAAUUUAAAACUGUAACUAAUUUUGUGACCAAAGCCGCUUUCCUAUCCAUUUUGCUGAUAAGUUGAUAACUGGGGGUUUUUGGCUGUCAAGCGCGGGAUUACAGUUGUCAGCACAAUUCCAAAGUUUUGUUUGUACUAUUUGGAGUAGACCAAUCUGUUCCCUGGUUUAUACAGUAAGGGAUGUCCCUUUAUGAAUAAUUUUGUUGAUUUCCUGCAGUUGAUCAUAAAAAGUUUAAUAUUUGAAUGUC